CUUGCACGCGUGUCUUGGAUUCACAUUUUCGCCACGAUGUUGCCUUUCAAGAGAACUUUUGAGAGUGAAAAAGAACAACUGCAGGAGCUGAACACCAGACUCGCUCACUACUUAUCCAGAUCGAAGCAGCUGGAGCAGGAAAACGCACGUCUGAUCGCCGAAAUAAAGCAACUCAGACAAACCCGGGCGGCGGAAUGCGAGCCUCAGUUCAAGGCGGAGAUGCGCCAGCUGAGGAGGACGGUGGACCAGCUGUCCGUGGAGAAGUCCCAGGCCGAGAUGGAGAGAGAGAAACUGUGGCAGGAGCUGCAGAUGGUCCAGGGUCUGCGCAGCCAGCAGACUCAAGAGUGCAAAGACAUCAGCGGGGAGCUGAAAGGCUGCGAGCACGAGCUUCACUGCGCGCACCAGGCCAACCGUGACCUCCAGCAGCGUUUGUUUCAGCUGGAGAACCAGUACAAGCAACUGGAGGAGACGCACAGGCAGCAGGUCCAGCGUCUGCAGCGGCAGGUGGAGUCCCGGGCGGUGACCGUCGUUACGCAAACUCCUCCAGCGGCUGCGUCCUUGGAAGAAGUGCAGCAGUACGCGCGCGGCGUGAGCGCAGGAUGGGUCCAAACCUUUGACAUGUAUCAGAAAAAGCUGGAGGAAAUGGAGCAGCGCAUUAAAGACGACCAGGCCAGACUCAACGACCUGCACGCAGACAAGAUGCUUUACGCGUCGGAGCUGGGCAAAUUACGCGCAGAGGCGGAGAGGCAAAGCCGCAUCCAAAUGCGUCUGGAAGAGGAACUCAUGCACGCGCAGGAAAAAUUCGGCGUCGACCUCGGUGAACAUCAGAUGAUUAUAGAAGAACUGGAGCGUGAGAGGAACAUGAUGGCUGACACGAUUGCAGAGAAGUUGCAUGAACGCCAGCAGCUGCUCCAGGUCAAAAUGGACCUGGGCUUGGAGGUGGCUGCUUACAGGGCUCUUCUGGAAGGUGAGAGAGCAAGUCUACAAGACUCAGACAGGAGACCAAAGCAACCUCAGAGACAAAGAAUAAUAGAUAUCAAGAUGCCAGCCCAACCCUACAGUCCGAGAGCUUCCUCUAACACCAGACAGCAAGUGGAUAUCAGGUACACGCAGCAGUCUUCCAACCUGAGAAGAUCCCCUUUGGUGUCAUCUAGGUCCUUAAGUCCCUCUAGGGUAAUUCCUAUUUCAGUCGCAGGCAGAGUCCAGCAACAGAGUCCUGCCUCUAGACGGGACAUGAUCUCAUUUGCCAAAGCUCAGGCUGCAGCUUCUGCCUCUCUUCCCCAAAACAGACAAAUGGGACAGAAUGAAAACCAAAUGUGUCCAGAUGUGGUGAAACCAACAGAGGAGAAAAUUGUGAUUAUCAAACAGGUUUCUCAGGCAGAGAAUAAAGUCAGUCCCAUCAUGUCCACUGCUGCCGAGAAUAAACCUGAGAGAGUGGUGUCGUCAUUAGUGUGGAGCAAGAACAGUCAAACAGAGACAGAAAGCAAAGUAGAAGUGACUGAAGGUAAGGAGAAAGGAAAUUUGUACGACGGUGAGUCUACAUGUAAAGACAAGCCUGAGUCUCCAACUGUCUCAUGUGAGAAAAAGAUAUUAGACUCUGUUUCUGUUGAGGAGGUCAUUGAGAAAGUGAUAAAACCUCCAAGUUCUGAUCAAGAUGGCUCCUCAGGAGAAUCAAAGGUAACAUGUCACAUGGAGAAAACUGAGCAAGAGGAUGGUACUGCGAUGACUCAGAUUUUGCUGGAGUCCAAGAUGGAGGAAGAGUUAGAUGUGUCUCAGGAUUCUACGCUGGAUGACCUACUGAGUCAGGAGGUGAAGAAGGUAUCACUGGAGGACAUCAAGGUCACAGCAACAGGAAGCAUGAUCCAGACUCUGUUAAGUGGCUUAGACACAGGUGAGAACUUGCAAAACAAGACGGUCAAAGUGGAGAUCAUUGAGGAACCCGUGGAGACUCACAUUGAUGUGCAGUGUGAGGCUGAGCACAGGUCAGAGUCUACUUUAUAUGAGCAAUCUUCAACAUAUUACCAAAUUGAAGAGCAAGAAAAUAUCCCUGACUCUCAAAGUCAGAGGUGUGAUGAUGAGCCAAUAAAAACUUUUGUGGCAGAUGAGAGCCACAGCAUGGAGGGAUCUGUGCAAAUUCAGGAGAUCUCACGAGAGAGUGAAUCACCAUAUUUCUGUCAGGAGCAAGAGUCUCACGAGUACUUCAUCUCCACACCUGAUGAAAAUCUGUCUGAUGUAGAGGAAGAUGGUGGAAUAACCUCAUCUGGUCAUUUCGGAAUUGUGGAUGACCUAUCAGAUGAGCGGUAUUAUGAAGAUGGACUUCCCCAGAAAAGAAUGUCUCCCGAGGUCUUCGAUGAGUGGAAGUUAAUUUCAAGUGACCACACGUUUGUCCCAGAAUGCAUAAUUGAAGAAGAGAUUCAUGUUUCUCCUACAGUGCAGGAGUCAGUGCUGGAACUCCUCAGAGAGGACUCUUUGGAGCCCAAAGAACAGCUGACGGAAACCCUAGAGAAGAUACAAGAUGCAGUGUCAGGCCCAUUAAAGGAGGAACUGGCUUAUCUCACCAAACUCAGCCGUGAAAGUCCAGACAGUUUGGCUGUUGAUGUUAAAAGAGUGCAGCAGUCAAGCGACAACGGAACUACGACCAUAGUCGCGGAGUUGAAUGUCUCUCAGACUCUAGAAGACUCUGGACUGCUGGAUAUGGAAGAUCUAUCUGAAGAGCAGAUCAUGGCAGCUCUAAGCUCUUCUCCUACAAGUCUUGACAAGGUUUUCCAGGGAGGAGCAGGAGGGUACACCCUGAGGGUCUCCAAAGAUGAUGUUCCACACAGUGAAGGUGACAAAGAAGAGCACACAGCUGACAUCACUGACAAGCAGAUCAAACUGGAGCCUUCAGGAAAGCCGUUCACCUUUCAGAUGGACGUGCACAGCAGCCAGGUUCAGUCUACAGCUGAGCCACUGCUGCAGACCACAAUCACUGAGACCCCACUGAAGAUCUCACAUGAGAAAAAAAUCGCAACGGUUUAUCUUGAAAGUCCUCCAGAUGACUAAUAAACUACACUUUGUGGUGGAUCUACAGUACGUGCUGUAGUGUACAUUCACAGCUUGCUUUGACACAGAAGUCCACACAUGUAGUUUUGACACUGGUUGCAGAUGUUGUGUUGUUUAUACAUUAAUAAUCACAGUAAACAAGAUUUCCAUGGAAAGCUGGAAGGCUGGAAAGCACGUAUUCCUGGUAGGGUAAUAAUGCUCAUUAUUAUUACCUCCAAACUAGAGUCACAGUUCUGACUUUGGUCCUUGUCAGAUCUUUGACAUCAUAAAGCAUGAUUUCCACAGAAUGAAAAAAGGAAACCUUAAUGCCUCGUAAUACAACAUAAAAACAUUAAGGCAGAUUGUGAUCAACAUUUGCUCAACUUCAUAUACCCAAAAAGCAUCUCUCCAGAAGCGCACAGCCACAGGCUGAGGGCGAGCUCCUAACCCGACAGUCCUCCUCUUACGGUUAGCUGAGGUCAUUUUAAUUCUAAACCACAUGGCAAGCAUAAAAAAUCUCAAUUAACUUUUUUUCCCUUUAUUAAUUGCAGCAAUACCUGACAAAACAUUUAUUUAAUUUUCUGCAGUAUAGCGCGCGCACACACACACACACAUAUAUAUAUAUAUAUACACACAGUAUUUUUUUUAACCAGUUGGGAGGUCCUGCAACCUAUACUGAGGUGCAAAUUCUAUCAUGGAAAAAUCCUACGUUCACUAUUAUCAAAAGUGUUGCGUUUAUAUUUUUGUUGAGUAUAUAUAUAUACACACAGUAUUUUUUUUAACCAGUUGGGAGGUCCUGCAACCUAUACUGAGGUGCAAAUUCUAUCAUGGAAAAAUCCUACGUUCACUAUUAAUAAUAAAUAACUGUAUGUAUAUGACGUUCCCAGGAAUUGAAGCAUGAAACAAAAACUCCAAAAAACAAAA